AUUAUUAGUGAGAAUACGAAGCUCUUAAAAGACACUUGAGAAUCCGAUGCAUUCUGAAAAAAAUGAAAAGUCCUUCCUUGAUUGUUCCUAAUCCAAACACGUUCACAUAUGUCAUUUAUUUAUUCCUUAGGUAUGAAUUUUAAACUCAAAAUUUUCGAUUAAAAUAGUUUAACAAUAUACUAAGCUUUAAAAUAACAAAAAAAAAAAAAAAAAGGCCAAAAGGGGUGAUUUGAUAAUAUUAGGAGGAUUUUAGGGGGGAGGAGUAAAUAAGCAGUAGCAGACAAGUUUUCUGUUUUGGCCUUUGAAGUGAGACUGGUCUUUCUUUCUCUUCUGUGAGAGUACACUUCUUUGUGGUGGUGGUGUUGUCCGAAGAAGCCUGAAGAUUCUUCGACCCAGGUGCUAAAUCAGAGGAAUAACUUUGGUUCCUCCUGAAUGGAGAUAGUUAGGGCAGCCACUGAAACGGGCUUAUGAAUUUGGGGCAGGGUUCUAAUUACGGGUAAAUGUGUAUUGGCACGAUCAGAAAUUGGUCUUUUCAGUAAUUGGGUUUCUUUGUUUUUUCUAUUGAACAUUUUCUUAUCCUUUUGGUUGCAUUGCAAUUAGCGGUUACAUUAUGCAAGAUAUGUGUAAUAUUUUAGGGCCUCAGGUGCUCUUGUGAACUAGCCCCUUUGUUUCAUGCCAAAGUAUAAUUGCUGUAUGAAUUUGCUCCGAGUUCUUUUUUGUUAUUUUACUGUUAUAAAGCUCCAUGGAGUUAUUGAUUUUACUGCAGGGGAAGCCUAUCAGCAAACAAAUUAUUCAGCACCUUAAUCUGAACGAAUAUGAGUUUUACUGGACCUUCCGUGGGUGCAGGUUUGUUGCAUUCUUCUUAGCCCCCCAGAUUACUAUUUUAUUGUCUGAUUACUGGUAUUUUCAUUUUAGCUUGUACUUUCCUAAGAGAUUCCCUUGUAUCCACGAUCUUACCGGAUACAACAGUUUUUCCUCUUUCAUGGCCUAUCUCCCAACAACUUGUGGCAAACGUUUCGAGCUUGGUAGUUCACCAUACACUUUUUAAUAUUGGUUUUUAGUGUUAGAGCUUCAAUGUGUUUUCCUGUCUCGUUGUUGCGUUUGUUGUUGCCUGUCCAUGUGUGAAUAACUCUAAUGUGGAUGACUCUGCCAGGUAGUAGAACUUGUAGAAGGGCAUUUGAGUUUGGAAGGACUUAUGUUGUAAGGCCCAAAGGUAAACACCAGGCAACAAUAGUUUGGUUGCACGGUCUUGGCGAUAAUGGCUCUAGCUGGUCCACUCUGUUGGAGACACUUCCUCUUCCAAAUAUUAAAUGGAUCUGCCCCUCGGCUCCGCAGCAACCAAUUACUUUAUUUGGAGGUUUCCCUUCAACAGCUUGGUUUGAUGUAAAUGACCUUUCUGAGCAUGCUAAAGAUGACAUGGAGGGAUUGGAUUCCGCAGCAGCAUAUGUUGCAAGUUUGUUAGCUACUGAACCUCCAGAGAUCAAACUCGGUGUUGGGGGCUUCAGCAUGGGUGCAGCAACAGCUCUGUACUCUGCAACUUCUUUUGUUCAAGGAAAGUAUGAAAAUGGAAACCCAUAUCCUGUCAAUUUGAGUGCAGUUGUUGGACUAAGUGGAUGGCUCCCCUGUGCAAAGGUUCUAAGUAGCAAAAUUCAAGGUGUAGAUGGGGCUGCUAGUCGUGCUGCAUCCUUACCCAUUCUGCUUUGCCAUGGAAAAGGUGAUGACGUUGUACCUUUCAAAUUUGGUGAGAAAUCUUCACAGCAGUUGAUUGCGAACGGAUUUGGAGAUGUGACUUUCAAAUCCUACAAUGGGCUUGGCCAUUACACAAUCCCUGAGGAGAUGGAUGAAGUUUGUGCAUGGCUGACCACGAAACUGGGGCUGGACGGGAAGUAAAGCAUCAUCCUUGGGAACUUUAGUUUUGUGGAUGCUAAGUAAUAUCCAUUGUUACUUGUUCAUUAAAGUAUAAACCUCUGUGAAAAUACUCCAAAAUAGCCAUGAUUGUUUGGAAAUUAACCAUAAGGCCCGCCACUUGUUGUCUAUGAAUAUUUUUUGGGUCUUUAUAGCUCGGACUGUAGCUGGUAAGAGUUGAAGUAUCUGGCCGCAGUAUGAUGUAUUCCUGAGUAAUUUUAAAGACAUCAAACGUUGUAGAAGAUCAGAAUUAUCUUGCAUUCCCAAAUAAAUGCAAUAGAACUUAGCUCUUAUCUUGCGACCAUUCUCUUAAGCUCACAAUUCAUAGCUGGACUUUUCGAACGUCAAAUCCUUCAAAACUGUGAAUGCUUAUACCCAUGGAUACCUGCUACUUUUUCAUACUGCAGCAAUGUUGUGUAAUACGAGUACAUUUCUUACACAUUACCAAGUUAAAGAAACUUAGAAGUUUUAACAAAACAAUUACUCCGAUCCAUCGGAAGAAUAGGAAGUGACAAAAAGAAUAGUUGCUUCAACCCCUUUACCCAAACACAAAUUUACACAACUUAAAAUCGGAACUUCACUAACGAAUUUGUGACAACUUAAAACGGAACUUGGAACUGUGCAUCUUUGCAGUGGCCAGCACUUUUUCUUCUUCCAAGGCCUUCUGCUUGCUCUGCAAUCUUCAUAUACAAAUCUGAUAUACAAUUUUCCAAAACAAGGUCCCCGCUACAAAAUCCCAAGACAUCUAAACGGGGUUGCAACUAUUGCCGACGACGAGCAUGCAUCUUUUGAAUCCCAAAUUCUUCGACCAUGAGAAAAUAAGAAUAACGACCAAAAAAUAGGUUGAGAAAAAAUACACUGAAUCUAACAACAUUUCUUCGCCCGAGAAGUAAAGAUGUGACCCAUAGCAACUCCAAUACAAUUUCCUCAAGCAUCAGAUUCAAAUAUUGGUCCAGCUCUUGAAAUUUGAGAGGAGCAACAGUAAUUUUCAUCACACAACACAUCAUAUCACCUUGACAUCUCCUUUACAAAAGCUACUUCACCAUAUCCAGGUGGUGGUGACAUCAAAAGCUUAUCCUGAUCCCCAUCUUCACUCUCUGUUGGGUCAAGGGGUGAAGUACUGGCGACAGAGACGCUGCCAUCUUCUUC